AUGGCUGUGAUCCACCCCUACCCAGUUUUUGAGUUAAUUGGCCAGAGCAAGCUUAACUCAGUGGGUCAAGCCUUGAAGGAAAAGCAGCUACUGAAUCGCAUACUACAAGACAACCUAUCCAAGGCUCAGAAUCAAAUGAAGCUUUAUGCAGAUUCGAAAAGAAGUGAGAGGACCUUUGAGGAGGGGGAUUGGGUAUUUCUGAAGUUGCAACCUUACCGCCAAUCCACAGUAGCAGUGCAGAAGAAUUUGAAGUUGUUAGCCAAGUUUUAUGGUCCCUAUCAAAUUGUGCGCAAAAUAGGCAAGGUUGCUUAUGAGCUCAAACUUCCUCAAAACUCAAAAAUCCACCCAAUAUUCCAUGUGUCUCAGCUAAAGAAGAAGGUGGGUGACAAAACUUUUGUAGCUCAAGAUCCCCCAUUCUGUACUGAAGAGGGUCCAAUCCGCAUUGAGCCACUUGCCAUUUUGGAUAGAAGAAUGGUCAAGAAAGGAAAUCGUGCAGUCACCAAAGUCCUGGUACAGUGGACUAAUUUGUCGCCUGAAGAAGUCACCAGGGAAGAUUAUUCAUUUCUGAAAUCUCAAUUUCCCAAUUUUGAUCCAUAA